AAUCAAAUUCAAUUAAUAUUUUUUUAAUUAAGAUGGCGUCGAGCGAAAGCAAAAGGUUGAAGCAGGAGAAAAUGGCCUCAUUUUCUCGCCUGAAGGAGACUUACUUCGCGCACAAAGUUCACUUCCUGAACACGGCGAAGGGCGGCGCCACGGCUCUGCAGGUGGCGGCGUCGAUCGCCGACCUGGACUUGUGUCGGCGCCUCGUGGAGGACGGCCACGACGUGGGCGCCGCGUGCCGGGACUUUGGCGCCACGGCGCUGCACUACGCGGCCCUCAACAAGGAGCACGGCAAGCAAUUGGUUGCCUACUUCGUCUCUCUCGGCCUCAGGGUCGACGAGAAGGACAACGAGGCCGAGGAACCUAUUCACUAUGCCCUCAGGGUCGACAAUUUUCAGGUGGCGCAGGAGUUGCUGGAAUUCCGUCACGACGACGGGGAGAAGGGUGGAAAAAACCUGCUGCACUUCUUCGUGGUGGAAAACAAUUUGGCGUUCGCCAAAGCCGUGCACGAGAACGACGGGUAUUUGAUCAAAGAGCUGAAGAGGAAUGGAAAAAGUGCUCUCCACCUGGCAGCAGAGCACGCCGACCUGGAAAUGUGCGAGUGGCUCGUCGAGCAGGGCGUCGACCUGCACGCUCGCUGCCAGAGUUUCUGGUGCAACAAAAACGCUCUGCACUACGCUGCAGUCAACAAAAUGCACGGAAAAGAGGUAGUGCGUUAUCUAGCGUCAUUGGGUCUGGGCGUGAACCAAAGGGCCAAAUCCGAGGAGACGCCCCUUCACUGCGCCCUGCGAGAAGGAAACGUGGAGGUGGCGCGCCAGCUUUUGGACCUGGGGGCCGACCUGAAGGUGAAAAUGUGCGAGGACAACCUUAUACAGCACUGCGUCACGCACAACAGGCUGGAAAGCGUCCGCUUUGUCCACGAGAACGAUCCAAAUUUGAUCUUCGAGCUGGGAAAAAACGGGAAAAAUGCUCUGCACCAGGCAGCGGCGCGUGCAGACCUCGAAAUGUGUCAGUGGCUCGUCGCGCAGGGCCUCGAUCCACUUCCCUCCUGCCUCGGCUGGCGCUCCAACGUCCUCCACUUUGCAGCUUUUAAUAAGCUUCAUGGCAGGGAAAUCAUCAGAUUCUUCGUUCCUCUCGGCGUGGACCUGAACCAGAAGACGAAAUACGAGGUGACACCCCUAAACUUCGCCCUGAUCGUGCAAAACAUGCCCGUCGUGGAGGAGCUGCUCAAGCACGGCGCGGACCUGAAGGCGCGCCGAGGAGAUAAAAACCUGCUGCACUACUUCGUGUCGCAAAACAGGCUGGACAUCGCCAAAUUCGUGCACGCAAAAGACAAGUCGCUCAUCGGCGAGCGUGGCGAGAGAGGGAGAACGGCGCUGCACCUCGCCGCAAUGCACUCGGACGCGAAAACGUGCAGCUGGCUCAUCGAACAGGGAGUCGACCCCCACGCUCUCACCGAAGACGGGAAGUCUGCAAUUGACCUGGUUGCCGGGCCCAAUAGCCACGAAAUGAGAAGAUUUUUAUUAUCGCUUGGAACUAAAAGAUGAAUGUGGAAAUUUUAAUAAUCGUUAUACGGGUUCUUU